AUGGGUCUGGACCCUGCGUCCAUAUCACGAGUCUGGGAGGGAGAACGGGUGGAGCGGGAGAUAGCCAUUCUGAAACUCAUAGAGCAUCCUCACGUUUUAAAGCUGCAUGAUGUCUAUGAAAAUAAGAAGUACCUGUACCUGGUGCUGGAGCAUGUGUCUGGGGGAGAACUGUUUGACUACCUGGUGAAAAAGGGCCGGUUAACACCUAAAGAGGCCAGAAAGUUCUUCAGACAGAUCAUCUCAGCCCUGGACUUCUGCCACAGCCACUCCAUAUGCCACAGAGAUUUGAAGCCUGAGAACUUGUUGUUAGACGAGAAGAACAACAUCAGGAUAGCAGACUUUGGCAUGGCGUCUCUGCAGGUCGGGGACAGUCUGCUGGAGACCAGCUGUGGAUCUCCGCACUACGCCUGCCCAGAGGUUAUCAGGGGAGAGAAGUAUGACGGGAGGAAAGCAGAUGCAUGGAGCUGUGGAGUUAUCCUGUUUGCACUUUUAGUGGGCGCCCUGCCUUUCGACGAUGACAACCUGAGGAAUCUUUUGGAGAAGGUGAAGCUGGGAGUUUUCCACAUGCCUCACUUCAUCCCUCCAGAUUGUCAGAACCUUCUGCGCGGUAUGAUUGAGGUGGAUGCCGGCAAAAGGUUCACGUUAGAGCAGAUCCAGAAGCACACGUGGUACCUAGCUGGAAAGAAUGAGCCUGAGCCCGAGCAGCCAGUCCCCAGGAAGGUGGCCAUCAGGAUGCUCUCUGCGACCGAGGAGAUCGACCCAGACGUCCUGGAGAGCAUGCACUCCCUGGGCUGCUUCCGAGACAAGGAGAAACUGACCAAAGACCUGCUGUCUGAGGAUGACAACCAGGAAAAGAUGAUCUACUUCCUGCUGCUGGACCGUAAGGAGAGGUAUCCCAGCCAGGAGGACCAGAACCUGCCGCCACGCAAUGAGAUUGACCCUCCAAGGAAGCGCGUGGACUCUCCCAUGCUGAGCCGUCACGGCAAACGGAGACCGGAGAGGAAGUCCAUGGAGGUGCUGAGUGUCACGGAGGGAGGGUCUCCCGUACCGGUGCGACGAGCCAUCGACAUGGCAACCCACGGUCAGAGAUCGCGGUCGAUCAGCGGCGCGUCCUCCGGUCUGUCCACCAGUCCUCUCAGCAGUCCAAGG